AUGACGACGCCGCUGUCGCUGCCGACUCAAGCGCCCUUGUCCGAUGGCUCCGACGCCAAGUUUUCGCUGGCGAGGCCCGCUGCGCGGCUCGAGUCGAUGCCCACCGAAAUCAUCGACAUGAUCCUCGAUUGCCUCGUGCCUCAGCCGCCCGAACUGGGCGAGACACGCCCGGUAUCCUACGCAAAGCUGGUUCCCGGAGAGGCGUGGUAUUCCCUGACGCGCAACCGCCGUGGCUUGUGCAGCCUGUGUCUCGUCUCACGUCGCUGGGCAGCCGCUGCCCGACCGCUGCUCUACCGCGUCUUGACCAUCCUGGACGAAGACGCCGUGGUCCUGCUCUUCCGCACCCUCGUCGAAACCCCCUCCUACGGCACCUGGGCUCGCUUCCUGUCCUGCCACCUCACCCUGACGAGCGAGCCCGUCAUCCGCGAGGCGCGCCGCGCCAUCAGCAGGCUACUGCGCAGUUGCAAGCCCGCGACCGAGCUCGCCGCCAUCGUGGACCGCAUAGGAAAUUUGCUGAGCCUCAUCGACAUGAUACUCCCGAACCUCAACGCGAGCGCCAGCGUUUGUCACGAUGACCUGCAGCGCAUGCUUUUUUUAAUCUUGAUGCUCCUGCCCAGGCUCGAGACUCUCUUCUUGCAGCUGCCCAUAUCGGACAAGGAGCCCUGCUAUGCGACGCUGUUAAAUGACCUGAAGAGGUUUUCCAAAUCGUGCGUCCACACCUGUAAGGACCCAGAUCUUGUUCCUCUUCACAAGGUUGGGACCCUGCUUCUCCAGGGCGAUCCCGAGGUGCAAGCCCACUUUGAAAGAAAUGAUUGCCAUUGCGAUCUCGACCACGUCUACGGUGCCCGGUUCAGCCACUACUGGCCACUGUAUGACGCCUUGCCCAAUCUUAAGACACUCGAGGUCAGCGUCGACGACGGCUGCUGGAUCAACGCGGCACCUGGCCGCGAUGGCGGCGAUGACCUCUACUUGGCCAAGAUUCGCCACAUUUACUUGCACAAUAGCGUGACCAGCCCCAUCGACCUCCACCACCUGCUGCACAACGCGCCGAACCUGGAGACGCUCUACAUGACGCCGCGCCGCGAGUGGGACACGGACUACGGGGUGGACCCGGGGGACCUGUCGUUAGGAGACCCGGAGUCGCUGGACGCGGCGCUGGUGCAGCACAAGAACCUGCGGCACCUGGACGUGGGGUGGCACACCCUGGCCGGCUACGAGAGCCUACUCGGGCCCGAGGGCCGGCUCAAGUCGCUGCCCGAGCUGCGGCGGCUUGAAAAGCUGUGCGUGCAACUCGCUGCGUUGUACAGGCCCUUGCCCGGCACGCACGCGACGCCGCUGGCCGACUUGCUCCCCCCGAACCUCGUCGAGCUGACCCUCGAGGACUACUGGUGGUUCAACAUCCACCACUUCGACGCUAUGGACGACUGGCAGCCCCAGGACAUGAUCUUGUACUACCAGAACUGCCACAACUACCGCGUCAAGUUCCUCGACAUGUUCACGCAGUUCGCCCGCGACGCUGGCGAGCGCUUCCCCCGCCUCAAGAAGGUCCGCCUGCUCUGCAAGAUCCCCCAGACGUGGAUGAUGAACAGCACCGAGGUCAACCUCGAUUUUCACUUUGAAGAUGUCCGUACCCUGUUCCGCGCGCAGGACGUCAAGUUUUUUGUCCUUUCGUAG